GCUUGUCAUGCUUGUUGUAUCUGUCUGUCGUUGACGGAAUUUGUCAUUAUUCCUCUGGACCUCGCAGAGAUUUUUGCAACAUCAGACCUUGUCACAGAAACGUACGUCUGAAACCUUGUCAUGUUUCGCCUUCUCAUCCUUGUGGCCCUCUUGGGCUUCGGGCUCUUACAUGUGGAAGCUGAUAGCAGCAGCAGUGAAAGCGGAAGUAACAGUAGAGAACGAAUCCAAUGGGGAACAAGAUCAAUCACCAAUCCCGGAGGAAGGGGCAGCAAUAGGGUUGAAAGUGAUGGAGGACCUUUACAAAGAACAGAGCUCCUGACUGGCCUCCAACCUCCCUGCACUGUGACGGCUAAUUUCAAUAGCGACGCCGAAACUGCAAUCCUCAAUUUCUGCGCUAAUCAACUCGACACUACUGACCCAACAAGUGUUGAUACAGCUGACUGUUAUGACUUGGAGAUAAGCUCAACAAAUGCUCCAUCCAGAGUGUGGAAGGACGGGCAAAUUAUCCAGGAGACUGCACCACAGCCAUUCUUUGAGAAAGGGGUCCUGACUGUACUUGAAAUCACUAUCGACUUUUCCAAAUGCACGGUGUUGAACAAAAACAACGAUAUCGAGAUACCAAUCGAAUCACCAAACGAAAUUUCCUUUAGGUACUUGUAUGUAUCAACGACUACAGGACAGAGAUCAACAAUAGAUGCUCAGGAAGUUCCCGAUAGUGAGGGUAGUAACAGCGGUGACAGCGGUAGCAACAGUGGUAACAGCGGUAGUAACAGUGGUAACAGCGGUAGCAACAGUGGUAACAGCGGUAGUAACAGUGGUAACAGCGGUAGUAACAGUGGUAACAGCGGUAGUAACAGUGGUAACAGUGGUAGCAACAGUGGUAACAGCGGUAGCAACAGUGGUAACAGCGGUAGUAACAGUGGUAACAGCGGUAGUAACAGCGGUAACAGCGGUAGUAACAGCGGUAACAGCGUUGAAGACAGCAAUCCUAGCAUCGACGGUGGUGACGAAGAUAGUAACAGCGGUAACAGCGGUAGUAACAGCGGUAGUAACAGCGGUAACAGCGUUGAAGACAGCAAUCCUAGCGUCGACGGUGGUGACGAAGGCCCUGACGCUGUCGCUGGUGACAGUGGCGUUGCAGUUGCUAAUCCACCACCUCCUCCUCCUCCUGGCCCGGUUGAGUGUGCCACAGGUCCUCAGUUUAUCGGUGCAAUCGACCCAGUCAACGGCAUCACCGUCUCCUUCACUAUUGUCACCGAUGCUGAUGUUUUCAUUGUCGCAUUUUCCCCGAAAUAUACAUAUUCUGGCCCUGAAGUCUAUCAGAUGAGGCUGAGUGCCAUCCCCACUGUGGCAUCAGUUGUAAACCUAGGAUCGGUAGGCGUCUGCGAUCCAGUCCCGGUACCGUUCCUUCUAAAGAAUACACCCAACCGGGUAACAGUUACCAUCAGCAGGUAUAGAUGCGAUGUCACCAACGACCGUGGUGCUGUACUCGCCAUUAACAGCAUCAAUGAGAGUGAUUUCAGAUACAUCUAUGGUUCUUGCAUCAAUGGGAACUAUUGCGCAAUCCAUUGCUUGGAAUAACAAGUACCAUGGACCAACAAGUACCAUGUAUCAGGAUGCCUGCCAGAGCAUAUUACUGAACAUGCUGAAUUAAUGAACAUAACUUUAUUCUACACAGUAAUUAUUCUACAAUUAAUCCUCCUCACCAUCCACAUGUGAAUAUGAAGUACUUUACCCCCCCACCCACCCACACACACACACACACACACACGCACCAUCAACAAUACUAAACCUCCAGCAGUAAUCUAUUCCAUCCAUAAAUUAAAUACAUUAUAAUGAUCCCUCUACUUAUGUCAACUUAAAACUUUUGAAUCAUACAAUGUCAUUAAUUAAUUCAACUGACGAUAUGCUGUAGAUAAAAAAGAAAAGCAGUAUGAAGCGGAUCGUAAUGAAAAUAAUUAUUGGUUCAGAGCACACGCUACCACAAUUUAGUUUGAAUAAGAGAUUUGACGGGUUACAACUGUUCAUUAUUGUCUUGAUAAUCAAAAUCAAGGGAGGGUGAUUUAUCGAAUUAACGAGAAUCCGCAUAAUUAUUUUUUGUACAACGAAAUAAAAAAUACAGUCAAAUAGUUCAUUUUUCUGUCACUUAGAAAUUCAAAAAAGGUCCAAAUGCCAUCGACUGUUGACUCGGCGUGCUUUAUCAUGCACUUUUAUGUGAAAUCGUUUUUAAUAAUAUAUCCUUAUUUUCCCAUAGUGAUCAUUAUUCCAGCAUUUAAACGAUCAUCAAACGAUCGAGUAGAAAAUGAGAGUAAACUGCACACUUCAUUUCUUUAUUAGUUUCUUGCCCGAUAAUGACUCGAAUUUCACUACAUUAUGAAAUCAAUUAUGCUAACUACAUUGUUAAGUCGCCAAAUGUGCAUCAUCAUGAGGAUUGAUUAAAAUAAUGUGUAGAAA